GAGAAAAAUGCCUUGAGUUGUUCUUAUUCUUAUUUAUUUUCCAAAGUUCAAUUUCAUGAAUAUUACGUUUUGUUUAUUAACUUAAUAAGUACGAAAUGAGAUGAAUUAUCAGGGUACAUCAAACAGUUUUGUAAAAUUUUCUCUAGAUAGCGAUUAAUAAGUGAAAUAAUAAAUCAUGAAUCCAUAUAAGGAUUUGGAAGAAAGUUCUUUCACCGCCGCUCCUCACCUGACCUACGAAGAUAUAGCCACAAAAUUGCUGAAAGAUCACUAUUUUUUAACGGCUCUAGAGCUGCAUACGGAGCUUGUAGAAAGCGGUAAAGAAUUGCCGCAAUUAAGGGAAUUUUUUUCUAAUCCAGGAAACUUCGAACAACAUGUUUCCAGAGCUUCAGAGUUUGUUUCUAUGCAUCGUUCGCCCAGCCAGGCGACAUUGGAUUCCCUCGACACCGCGCGGUACUCCGAAGAUGGCGGUGGGGACCGCGGUGGCAGUGGGGGUGAUGUGGCUGUCUUGGAAUUUGAAUUGAGGAAAGCAAAGGAAACCAUUCAUGCAUUAAGAGCUAAUCUUACUCAAUUUGCUGAUGGUGAAUCAGGACUAGACAAAAACUCAAAGGAUCCAUUUAACAAGCGCUCCCUGAAACCCCAUGAGCGCAGAGCCCUCAACUUCCUCAUUAAUGAGUACCUGCUGCUCCAGGACUACAAGCUCACCUCCAUCACAUUUUCUGAUGAAAAUCCUGAUCAGGAUUUCGAAGAUUGGGACGACGUAGGUCUGAAUAUGCCGCGACCCUCGGGUCUGGUGUCCCUAUUCUGGGGUAACUCUGCCAUCAAUGUCCCAAAGACAGAUGCAAGUACAGAAACGGACUGGCAAUAUUCGAAUAUGGAAUGCCAGACUGACUGUGAUGACAAUGUGUGUGUUAGUUGUCAGACAUCAUUUCAGAAUGAUACCGAUUGGAAUCAUGAGAUACUUAUUCAAGCGGAAGAAAUAGAACUCCUCAAGCAAAAAAUCAUACUACUAGAAACAGAAAAGUUAAACUUUCAGAAAUUAUACGAUGCCGCCAUAGUUAGUCUGAACUCCUUAACCAGUCCAGCCUCAGAGAGCAAAGGUCUAGACCUCCACAUGCCAGAAGAGAAGAUGAGCCAGGUUAUUGAAACAAUUGAAAGUAGGCCUCUGCCCUGCACGGCAACGGAGAACCAUUAUGGCAGUGGGCAGUCUACCCACAGUGCUACUCCGGACCAGUUUGAAAUGAUUGACAGUGAGAAGAACAGUGCAAUAGUAAGAAAAGAAGGCUCAAACACCAGCUCAUUCGAGCCAGCGCUACUCGGUGACGUCACAAGCCGGGGCUCGCCAACGCACGGGAGCGUCACGACACUCGAUGACACGUUAAGUAUGAAUGACACGGCCGAGUGGACCCGCGUGCACUACGACUACGACUGCAAGGAGAUGUGGAUCGACAGCGGUCUACCGAACACCCUAAAGCUGUCUUUAAUAAACUGGUGCAGCGAGACUCUGAGCCUGAACGAGCCUCUGACGAACGAGUUGUUGGCCGAGCUGGUGAACAGCGACAAACCGGUCACGCUGACGGAACUGCUCACGUUGGUCGCUGAUACGAUGCCUAAGGUGCUACCUCACACGCUAGUGGCUCGCCGUUGCGAAGCGGCAGCGUUACUGGCGAGCUGCGCGGCGCUCCUCCCGCCAGGAGACACGAGGCGCGCCCGCACCCUGCAGACUCUGCUCACGCUAGUGAAGAAACCUGAACCGGCGGAUACCCGUGCUAUUUGUGAAGCUUCAUGUCUCAUAGUGAAAUGGGGCGGCGCAGGCGAGGUCCUAUCAUCCAUCGCCGAACUCCUCGCCUCACGGUCCACCGAGCGCCGUAUCCUAGCCAGCCAAAUAUGCGUAGCCAUAGCACCAUACGUACCCAUAGAGCUAUGCACUUCUUUACUACUCAGCCUAGUCACAUUAAUGUGUGAAUCUAGUGAACCAGAAAUAAGAAGUAUUGGGCUGAAGUCGGCUUGUUUAAUAUGUCCUGUGGCCGAGCAUAAGUAUGGACAGUUGGAGAAUCUCAUGUUUAGUUUUCUGAAGGACCCGGUCGAUAAGAAUGUUAAGGAUGCUGUUAGAAUAUUUGUUCCGUUGUUGGCGAGGAGCGCUUUAGUUUCAGGCAAAUUCUCAACGGAAUUAUGCACACGAAUACUAUCGAAUUUAAUAAAAGCGAGCAAAGAAAACGAAUCAAAGAGUGUUAUAUUAUAUUUAGAAGUAAUGAGAGUAUUAGUAUUAUCGAAGCUGGCCUACGUAGUGAAUGUACAAAUCGUUAGAGAAGUUACCCCUAUCUGUGAUACGAGUGUUAUGUUACAAGAUGUGUUGCUUGAGAGUGAGCAGGACAGCUUUAUGGAUCUGCAGUGCUAUUUCACGGAGAAUGUGGACGCCAAAGGAUUGUUGGUCGGGAUGAAUAGUUUAUUGUUGAAGAAGGAUGCGAGAUGGGCGGAGUUGAAUUGGUUUAUUGAUAUUGUUAAACAAAUUUUAGAAAUAGCAACGAACGGCAAAGCGCUGAACCACCCCACGAUAUACGAGCUCCUAAUAUCGCUAUUCAACAGUUACGUAGACAAUUUCGGCGCUCAGUUCACACUUAGCAUACUCACGCCUAUAUUCAUGGACAUCAUAAUGGAUUUGGAGCAGAGAAUGGAGAAGCUUCAUAGUGUGAACGUGGAGUAUACUGUGGUUGUGGGUGUGUACCUAGUGGCCGUGUUACCAGCGCAAGGGGAUAUGGGACAGCAGGCGGAGUUCCUACAGAAGUGGAUUGUGUACAGCAGUAUCCGCGGGCUUCCAGUAAAGAUGUUCUCCAUCCCCUUGAAGUGGACGGCGAAACACAGGCCGCUCCUGCUGGAGUCUUACUUACAACACCUUAGAGAAUUCACAGCCCACAGCAGCGCCGGCAGCCGAGUGUAUAUCAGUACAUUAUUAGCAGAGCUUCUCAGUGUAUGUGACGUGGACGAGAGCAGCAUCGAACGGCAGCUUAUACCCGCUGUUAUGGCGCUGCUCAACGAUGACGAUGCAUCGGUCCGAGAAUCCGCCAUCACAUGUUGGGGCAGCGUAACCCGCGCCUGCCUCAUCCACGGCUACACCAGCGAAGCCCAAUGUUGGCCGCCCAUGGAACACAUUAUAUCAACUGGACGACUCUCGGUCAAAGAAGUGGCGAGAGCUGCUGAAGCGUUGGCGUUACUGGUGCUGCCUACUGCUGAGAACGCUGUCGUGUCUGAGAGAGCGGUGUCCCUCCUAUGCACACUGGCGGGGCUAUGUACAUCGCCGGAGGGGAUCUGCGCGCUGACGCCGGGCCUGCAGCUCGCCGCACACCACGCCGCGCACCACCCCGCACUUCUACCAGCCUUAAGAAAACUGGAAGAGAUCGUCCAAACGCCCGGCUUCACCCAAUACAAGCCGUCCAUCGAGGUGCUCCUGCACAACGUGACGGGCGCGGCGCCGGAGCCGCCCCGCGAGCCCCCGCGCGGCUCCAACAUGGCGGCCGCGCAGGAGGUAGGCCGCCGCGUCUCCAUGAUGUUCCAGCAGAAGACUAACAUGAUGCCGAAUAUAUUCAAAAAGAAGACGUAAACAAAGGCAAAAAUUUAUACAUAGCUGGCAAUAAAUCAAAUGUUACGAACAUAUUUUGCAAAAAACGAGGUACAGGUUUACUCGGGUAAUUCCGAAUGUCGAAAACUGUCGGAUAAUUCCGAAAAGAGACUUUUAUUAUGAUGGAAUUAAGGGUGAUUUUCAUCUGAAUUUCGGAAUUAUCCGACAUUCGGUAUUACCCGAAUACACCUUACUAUUUUUUUUUAGUAAAAUAAAAACUUACAUAACCGAGCGUUUCUUUUAUUUUUUUGCCACUUUUAUUUAUUGUUAGCUUUUUCUCCACUUUUAUUUUAUUUCUACUCAGAAUCACGAGCUCUUUCGAUCCUAAUGGGAUAAAAAGUUUUUAAGGGCUUUUUUUCCUAUUGUUGCCAGUUCCCUAUACACUUUGUAUGGCGGUAACAAAAAGGAAACUUUGAAAAAUGUAUGGAAAUUUUAGGACACUUUUUCCUCCUAUAAGGAUGAAAAGGGCUCGCGAUCCUAACUAUAGUCCGUUUUUUUUUAGCAUUAGAAAGAACUUCGCAGAAGUAAGCUUGUGGUUCCAAAUCCGGCACUUUUAGCGGUAAUAAUUUGAAGUAAAUUAUAUGUAUUGACCAUGCUACAUUAGAUAAUUCAAUAAUUAAUUACAAUUAAAGAGCCUGAUAAAAGCUGCACGCUUGCUUCUGUGGAGCUUUUUCUAAUGCUAAAAAAAACGAACUAUAGAAAUAACACAAAAGUGGCAAAAAAGGUCACAAUAUAUAAAAUGGCAAAAAAAUAAAAGAAAUGCUCAACCCAGGCAUACAUCAUUUUGAGUUCUUGAAAUUUUAACUUUAUCAAUUAAUUAAAAUUCAAUUUCGCAUUCUCGCUACGGGAGUGUUAAACUCAAAUAAAAAAUAAAAGACGUUGAUCCUCUCUAGAUCAUUAUUGACAUUAUUGCUCUAAUUAUGUUGUAUUAUGAUAGAGUCCGGCUAAGCUAACUUUGUACUAAUUUGAACAGAACUAAGUGAGGGAGCGUCAAUAAAAACGUCACAAUUACAUAUAAAUUUGGCAUUAAUGAUAAUAUUGGCAUUUCCACACUUUGUCAUAAGCAAAUCCCGUGCAGAGUUAGCUUAGUCCGACUCUAACUAGGGAAGUUAUGUGAUGUCUAAUAGUAAGAACUAAACUCAGCACCACAUAAUAAUCAAUUCAAUAUUUAUUUACUGUCUUCCAAAACUGUUGGGUUUUAUAAUAUUAUAAUUUAUUUAACCUUUUGUUCCAUAUUAGUAUGUAUUCAAAUUUUUGAAAGUAUUUUUUACGAUUUGUGAUUAUUUGGGUCAAACAGAAAACUGUGUUACGUCUUUUCUGUAGACGUACACAAGAGUUAAGGGCUAUAAAGGUUAAUUUUCUUAUUUAACCCUUAUCAACGUGAAAAGAUCCUCCUUUUAUUUAGAGAACUAUGAUAAUAUAAUUUCUUACAUGCCCACAAGCUGUUAACUAUUGCCCACAGGAGAAAAAAUUUACAGUUCGCGCUAAAGCCCCAUUUAGACGGUUCAAGAACUUGCAUGCAAUUUUCGUUACAUUGCGGUAUUUGGUCGAUCGACUGAAUUCAUUGUUCUCUGUAGUUAGCAAUGUAUCGAAUAUUGCACGCAAGUUCUUGAACCGUCUAAAUGGGGCUUAACACACUAAUUUUCUCUCCUGUGGGCAAUAGUUAACAGCUUGUGGGCAUGUAGGUAAUGAUUUUAUCAUAGUUCUCUAAAUAAAAGGAGGACCUUUCACGUGGAUAAGGGUUAAAUAAGAAAAUUAACCUUUAUAGCCCUUAACUCUUGUGUAUGUCCACAGGAAAGACGUAACACUGUUUUCUGUUUGACCCAUUUAUUUUAAACGUAUGGACUAUUUCACAAACCUUGGCGGUACGGUAUUCUCCUUAUAUUGUGAACAUUAUUAUAUUACAAAGUCUGUUCAAUCAUUAAUGACAAUAGCAGAGCAGUGGAACACCUAUAGUUGGUCAAACAAAUUUGUCAGUCAGUAGGAACCAGGAAAACUAUACUCAUCCUUUUUUUUGGGUGCUAGUACUAGUGUAAGACAAAGAUAGUAUGAUUAUCUCUGUCUAUGAUUGAAAUGAGACGGUCCUUUGACAAACUAAACUUAUCUUAACACCAUAGUCUAAUAAAACAUGGUCUUCUCUUCCCAGAGUGACACAAGCUUACGUCACAAUAACAUGGCCGCUAUAUAUAGCGCUAUCGCAUAUUAUCCGUGUCCGUCACUUUCUAUCCCGCGGUGUUAAAAAGCGACAGUUAUUUUAUCACGUGUAUAAAACCAUCCAUAGUACGCCGGCUGAAUUAGAAAGAGUAAACAGCAAUUUCAAAAACUUUAUUAAUUUCGACAUAUUAUGUAAUGUAAAAAUAUGGUUGCGAAAGCAUGGUUCCACGUAAAUAAAAGUAUUUAUUGUCACAAAAAGGCUUUAUGUCUCUAUCACUCUUCCAUAUUAGUGCGACAGUGACAGUUGCGUUUCGAUCGCUACGGAGCGUAAGCGAUUGGCAUCUUGGCUACGCGGCCAGUUUACUCUUUGUAAGUCGUUCUUCACAUUGUGUUCUGAAGGGCUACCGCGAAAACCGAAAUUCGCAAAUUGCGGGGAUUUUUCUCUGUCACUCUAAUUACGCCGUCAUUGGAGUAAAAGAGAAAGAUCCCCGCAAUUUGCGAACUUCACCUUCUGGGCGAGCUCGCUCCAUCGUAGGCCACGUCUACGCUUCGGCUAGUCUGUGGCCAUGAGUAAGCCCAUUCAUAAUAAUAAUAAAAAAACUUCGAUUUUCGCGGUUAUAGCCCUGAAUGCAAGUGUAACUUUUACAUAGUCUGUGUAUGCAUUCCAAUUGGUUGUUUAGUUCCACAAAGUUAAAUUUGGAAUUAUGUAUUUUAGAGUAUUUUACACCUUAGUUUAUUUGUUGGUUGUGUGUACUUAAAGAGAUGUGUUGUGUUAAUUAGAUUCUUAUUUUUAUCAGAGAGAGAGAGAGAUUUUUCACACCAUAAUGUAUCAUUUGACACUAA